AUGGAGCAUCCAGAAAAUAUAAGAGACAAAGAGAAUGUUGAUCCCAGAAUGGAAAGGAACGCGUUUCCACAGAAGAGCAUUUUGAAAGACAAUACUUUACCAAUACUUAACAACAGAAGAAGAGUAUCUUUUGCACCAGAAGUCACACUCCACAAGUUUGAUUUCGUGCCAUACACUAGUCAGAAUGGAUCGAAUAAGAGACGGAAAACGAUCUCUGGGUUUCCGCUGUUAUCUCACGGAUCUGUAGGCUUUGAACAUGAAAUUCUGGUGGCUGGAACUGAAAAUGCAGACGUUGAAGAAUUAUACAAUAGCCCCGAAGAUGGCCUUGAAAUGUUGGUAGAUAGCGAUAGUCUGGAUGAAGAGCCUGAAAUUGAAGAUUUAGAACGAGCUGCUGAUGCUGCAGUAGUUGGUAUGGCUAAGCUAAAUGAGAAAAUCCAAAAUGCGUCUUUAAUCAUUGAAGAUACAUUUUCGCGAUCGACUUCUAUUCUUGAAAGAAACGAUGAUUCCGAUGAGGAGCAAACGAUGGAGUUGACGGAGCAAAUACAGAUUCAACAAGUUGUAUUAAUUCCUCCAGAAAAGGAGAUUGAACCAGUUGCUAACCAAGAACUAUCUGCUGUUCAUAUGGCUACUCUGUCUGAUGAUGAAGAACAAAGUUCAGAUAUGGAGUUGACAGGAACACAAAGAAUAGCUCCACAACCAUCAGUACAAAAUUUUGUCAAGGAAUCAAAUGAAGUACAGGAAGUAGAUGUAUUGCAUGACAAAGAAGAACUUGUCCAAGAAAUAGAAGAAGAAGUAACAAUGGAGUUGACUCAGCCGUUCUCAAUCGCCCAAGUUGUUCAUGAAGAUCAUACUCUCACCACCAUAACCGAAGAACUGAAUGAACCUACAAUUGAAAGAGUCAGUCAGUCUGCUGCGAAUGAGGUUUCCAAUAAUGGUAAUGGAAAUCAAAAUUCAGAAAUUACUUUAACAGAAAACGUAGUUGUAGAAACUAAAGAAUAUUCAGGAGAACAUUUACAAGACAAUAUUCUAAACAACGACUCGCAGGAAGAACAGACUAUGGAGUUCACCCAAGCUGUAAACACUAUAGAGCCUAAUACCGAACAGGUCGAUCAAACUAUGGAGAUUACUCAAUCUAUCAGCACCAUAACAAAGUCAAAUAUUGGAGAACAAGAACAGGAACAAGAAGAACUAGCAGAAGAAGAAGAAACUCCAAUGGAAUUAACACAAUCAAUUUCAACAAUAAGUUCCAGUCACGUUCAAACUUCUGAACCUUUGCAGAAUACAGAAGUCUUGCUGAAACGGGAAGUUUCUACUUUUGAACAAAAGAAUAAUGAGCAGGAAAAUAAAGAAAAAGCAGAUCAGGAACAAGAAAAUCAAGUGAAUGAUAUUGGAUUAGACACAACUGUUCCAAUGGAGCUUACACAAACGAACAACGAAAUCACAAAUAUCGGGCCAGAAGAAAAAUCACAUCUGACCAAUGAUUCGAAUAUCGUUAGUAUGACCAUGGACGAAACUUCCAUGAUCAUGGAUCUGUCGUCGAUUAGUAUUGCACAAGAAGUCGUCAGUACAACUAAGAUUCCUCUUGCUGAACUUUCUCAAGUUGAGCUGGCAGAUGAAGAUUAUGAUGAUUAUGAGCCAGUGAGUCUAGACGAUUUCAUGAAUGAUGUACAACUAAAGUUUUACGACGAUUUGGACAUUGAUGUCGACAGUAUCAACAGAUUAAGCGUAACCAGUUCUUCAAAGGGAUUGAAUUUGAAGCUUGCUGAUUACAUUGCUGGCUUGCCUCGUAUCGAAUUACUAUCUUUAUAUCGAUUCAGCUGCGAAGAAUUGAGCAAAAACAUCAAGGAAGGACGAGACAUGUUUUUGCAAUAUUCUAAGACUAUUGCUGUAAGCAAUCCUAUACUCUUCAAAGAAUACUACUCAGCUUCGGAAGAUGAGCGGCAAGUGCUUAACGUGAAAUUACAAUUGGUGAAAGAUUUCUCCCGGUUUCAAUCGCGAAAGACCUGGUAUGACUGGAGAAGUCAAUUGACCACCAACCUACUUGCUGAACUUGAAGAUAGAUAUCAGAGACUUGUCAAAGACAAAGACUACUUAGAAAGGGAUAUUGUGAAGAUAGAUGUCAUAAUAUCCCGAAGUAGACAAUAUCUAGUAGAAUUAAAAGAGAGGAUUACUUCAUUGAGAUCUUUCAGGUCGAGACUAGGAGAAUUCUCCGUUGAGGAAGCUCUUUCUAUCAAAAAGCAGUUGCUAUUGACUUCAGAGAAGCUCCUGAAGUUGAAGGAUGAAUUACAAAACAAGAAUGACGAAUUAAGUAAAAUAAACGACGCUGUGACUGAAACCAAGAAGCAAAAACAGAUAUUGAAUGAAGAGAUUGCUGAACAAGAAAAGAUUGUUCGUAACAGCAGAAGAUUUGAGAUGAAAGAACUCAACACUAUUUGCCAGAAGUAUUCCCUACUUCAAAAGCUUGCCAACUUAAAAUUGGAGAGAAUUGAAGGUUCCAAGGUGGUGUUUCAGUUUGACAAAACCUUUGAUUGUGUAUUUGAUUUCCAAAAAGAAAAUCCCAGAGCUGACUAUUCAGUCCGUGAGGACGUUUCUUGCCAAUUGUACAAUCCCAAGCUCUUGGAGAAGUUGUCUGAUUUUAUCUUACCUGUUGUUAAAGGAGAUAAUGUUGUAGAUAAUUUCAAGAGCUUUGCUGCGCUAUGGAAAGUAAUAAAGAAGAUAGAUAUGGAUAUCUACAAGGUGUCCAACAAAUUCCCUGUUCAAUGGAUUCAAGAGGAAGGGCAUCUUGCUUUCAGCGUACAUUACUACAAUUCGACUGGAUACAAAUAUUUGUUGACUUGCAAGUUGAAAUUGGAUGAUCUUAUGAACUAUGCCAGUAGGAUGCAAUUGAGUGGGACUAUCGUUCGUUCUAUUAUAGACUUGGAAGAAGAACAGAUCAAGUCAGAUAUUAUUGGUGAUCUUGCUGGCAAUGGCAUCGUGUCCAUGGAAUCACUCAAGACGCUAAUGACUAUGUAA